UCAGGCGGGUAUGAGGCUCAUCUACCUCCGCGUUGCGCUCUUGUAUUCUCCAGGGGUCCUUUGAGGUUGCCAAAUAUGGCUGCAGUCAUUGCCAGACACAAGCAUUUCAGUCAAGACUACCGCAGUACUGAGUCUAAAUAUGUUGCUAGGGAAUACUCCAGCUCUGCAGUUGAAGAGGUGAAAUAUCAAUACCAAACAGAGAAGAGCAUCCAGGGAGUGGUAGAGAAGAAGAUGCCUGAGAAAUAUGUUCGCGAGGAGUCCAUGAUCAGGGGCCCCAAGUUCGUGGUGCGGCUGAGGUCCCACACACUGUUUGAGAACACUCCCAUUAAACUGUUUUGCUCUGUGGAGGGAUACCCCACACCACACGUCAAAUGGUUUAAGGAUGAUGUUCUCUUGGACAUUUCCUCUGGAAAGUACUUUGUGGAGAGCAACGCUGGACUUCAUGCCCUCACCAUCCUCAAGUGUGGAACUGAUGACACUGCAAUGUACAUGGCUGUAGCCUCAAACUCACACGGACAGGCUUCCUGCCAGGCCUCCAUCAUUGUGAAGAAGUGCAAAGAGGAAGAAAAGUCCUCUCCUUAUUCCCGGAUGCCUUCUCAGUAUGCGAUUUUACCUGAUAUCAAGUAUACAAAGAUUAACAUCACCUUCCUUGAGACAUUCAAUGUGACCUUUGGAAAAGAAGGUGACAAGGUUACUUUGACCUGUAAGAUGACCAUAAGCCCCAACGUGGCCAACCAGCAGCCUGAGGCUCUGUGGUAUAGAGAUGAGCACCUCCUGAAAGAGUCCAAGUGGGUGAAAAUGGAAUCGGGGACAGGUGUUGCUCAGCUCACACUCACUCAACUCGCUAAAGAUGAUGAGGGUCUUUACACUCUCCGCAUGUUGACCAAGGGAGGGGACGCUGUCCACAGUGCUUUCGUCUACGUUAAAGAUGGUCCACCUCCGGUUCCUCAAGCUCCAGGAGCCCCAAUGGACAUCAAGAUCCAUGAUGCUAACAGAGAUUAUGUCAUCGUGUCCUGGAAACCUCCUAACACUACCACUGAGGGCCCCAUCAUUGGAUACUUUGUUGACAGAUGUGAAGUUGGAACAGAGAACUGGGUGCAGUGUAACGACUCCCCAGUGAAGGUCUGUAAAUACCCUGUGCAGGGGCUCUUUGAAAAUCACUCUUAUUACUUCCGUGUGCGUGCUGUCAACUCACAUGGUAUCAGCAGACCCUCACGAAUGUCCAAGCCCAUUGCUGCUCUGGACCCCACAGAGUUUGAGAGACUUCACACCACAAAAAUUGGUGGAAGACUUGAUGUUGUGACCUACUAUGAUGACCUUGAAGCCGAGGGAAAAGCUCCGGGACCUCCCUCUAAAGUCUGUGCUUCAGAGACGGACCGAACAUAUGUUGUGCUCAGUUGGGUUGCUCCAGUCUACCAUGGCAAAGCCCCCAUGUGGUAUUACAUUGAGAAGCUUCAUGUUGGAAGUGGAUCCUGGCAAAGAGUGAACACUAAAGUACCCAUCAGAUCUCCCCGCUACGCAGUCUUUGACUUAUCCGAGGGAAAGCAGUAUCAAUUCCGUGUGCUGUCUGCUAAUAUGAAUGGCACCAGCAAUCCAUCGGAACCCACCAAAUCUAUAGUAACACUGCAUCUGAAGAGUGUGCCGUCGGCUCCUGGACAGGUCGUUGCAACAAGGGAAACCGACACCUCUGUUCUCAUCCAGUGGGCACCUCCAAAGGAUCCCAAUAACCUGAUUGGAUAUUACAUUGAUUCUUGUGUGCAAGGCUCUAAGGACUGGACCUCAGCCAAUCACAAGCCGCACAAGAAGACCAAGUUUGUAGUGCACGGUCUAACCACCGGCGAGACUUAUGUAUUCAGAGUGCAAGCUAUCAAUGAGCUGGGUCUCAGCGACGAAUCGCAGGAAUCCGCCCCUCUCUCUGUGAGAGCUGCUCUUAAAUUGCCCUCUGCUCCUUAUGACAUCUCUCUUCUGUAUUGUGAUGGGGAAUCCAUGGUGCUCAACUGGAAGCAGCCUGUCCAUUCUGGAGGAGCAGAGGUCACUGAUUAUUACAUUGACAAAUGCAAUGUGGCCAAGAAGGUGUGGAGAGAGGUCAACAUCCCACCUGUCAAGGAACGACUGCACAAGGUUGGAAGUCUGACUGCUGGGUCAGUGUAUCAGUUUAGGGUUUAUGGAGCAAGUUUGGCUGGAUUGGGUGAUGCCUCAAGCCCAAGUGCUCCCUUCACAUGUAAGGCAUGGACCAUGCCUGAGCCAGGCCCAGCCUAUGACCUGAUGUUCACUGAGAUAAGAGAUGAUUCUCUGGUGGUGGAGUGGAAGGCUCCAGUCUACAGCGGGGCCAGUGCCGUCACCGGUUACUUCAUCGAGAUGUCCAAGAAAGACUCUGAUACUUGGAGCAAAGUCAAUGAAGCUUCAGUCAGUCACUGCUAUCACAAGGUCAAAGGUCUAGAGAUGGGAGCAUCAUAUGUGUUCCGUGUGCGGGCAGAGAACAGCAAGGGUUUUGGCAUGGCUUCAACACCCUCUGACCCUGUGGUUGCCAAGGCACUGCCAGGUGCCCAGGAAAUCAAGUGUGGCGUCGAUGAGGUAUCAGGCGAUAUUUAUCUCUCUUUCGAGAGCUGCCAAAUGACUGAGAAAUCACAGUUUGUGUGGAAGAAAUCCUACCAAGAAAUUACUGACUUCUCCAAGGGAAUUGCCGUGAAGACCUCAGGCAGCCACUCAACUCUGCUUUUUAAGAACCCAGACAAAGAAGAUGUGGGCACAUUCUCUGUGUCUGUUACUCAUACUGAUGGAGUCUCCGCCAGCUAUAAGGUCUCAGCAGAAGAGUUGGAGAAAAUGUUGGCCCUCAGCUAUGACAUACGCAACCCAAUUAUUCCACUGAAGACCGAACUGGCCUAUAAGAUUCUUGAACGAGGCCGUAUUCGCUUCUGGCUGCAACCUGAGGUCAUCUCCUCUGCCGUGACCUACAAAUUCUUUGCCAGUAACACGGAGCUUGUCAACUGUGAGCAAACUAAAAUGAGCCACGACACAGCUACUGGCAUUAUAGAGAUGGUGAUGGACCAUUUCACUGAGGACAGCGAGGGCACUUUCACCGUGCAGAUUCAAGAUGGCCGAGGCAAGGCCCAGUCCACUCUGGUACUGAUCGGAGACGCCUUCAAGGCAGCACUAGCCGAGGCGGAAUACCAAAGGAGGGAGUACAUUCGCGUGAAAGAGGGCCCUCAUUUCAUGGAGUUUCUGUCUGUCAAUGUUGCGGAUAAUGCCACUGUCACUCUUGUCUGCAAGGUGGCUAAUUUGAAGAAGGAGUCUGUAUUCCAGUGGUAUAAGGAGGAUGUGGUGGUGAUCCCGGAGGUGCCUGCUGACUUGAACUCAGGAGUAUGCAAGUUCACCCUCACUCGGUUCUCCAAGAAGGAUGUGGGAAAAUAUAAAGCAACCAUCGCAGAUGGCAGAGGCCAGGAUGUGUCACAGAUUGAUAUUUCUGGGAAAGUUUUCGAUGGCAUCAUUAAUGAGCUGUCUCGUAUCUCUGGAUCCAGUGCCUCUGAGCUGUCUAUUCAGUGCACUGCAGAGGGCAUCAUGCUUCAGUGCCAUAUGAAAUAUUACACAGAGGAGAUGAAAAUCCAUUGGAAACAGAAGGAAAUCAAAAUCUGUGCAUCAGAGAGGAUGCGAAUUGGUGGGAAUCCAGCGAUGGCAACUUUGGAGAUAGUUGAGCCUACUGAUAAGGAUAAAGGGAUGUACACCAUUGAGAUUGUGGAUCCUGAGAAGACACACACCCGCACCCUUGACCUCUCUGGACAAGUCUAUGAGAAAGCCUACGCAGAAUUCCAGAGACUCAAAGCGGAAGCAUAUGCUGAAAAGCAUCGUGGGAAAGUGGCUGGUGGUCUUCCUGAUGUUGUGACGAUUAUGGAAAAGAAGACCCUGAGCUUGACCUGCACCGUCUGUGGUGACCCCAAACCUCUGGUCAGCUGGUCUAAGAACAACCAAGAAGUCGAGCCCAGCGAUCAGUAUUCCAUCACCAUGGACUCGGGCAAGUUCGCAAGCCUUACCAUCAAAUGUGUGUCUCUCGAAGACUCCGGCAAAUACACCAUGACGGUGCAGAACAAGUACGGCGGUGAGUCGGUGGAUAUUGUUGUCAGCGUGUAUAAACACGGAGACAAGAUGCCAGAUGUGAAACCCAUCCCCUCGCCCAAGAGGAUCAUGCCUCCCACUGUUCCGAUUGUAAUUCCCACCACCAUGGUGGCCAGUCCUGCCCCUGCUGCUGCUCCCACCAAGUCUCCAGCCCCAGCCCAAAACAGCAAAUCACCCGCCCCACCCCGCGGCAUGAAGUCCCCCACCCCUAGCAGGAGGAAGUAACGUCCUAGUGCUUUCGUCCCAGUCACUCUGACAGCAUAGAAAUGACUAGAUUUGCAUCUCUGGAAGGAAACAGCAAUGCUUGCAAGGCAGCAGAAGAAUAGUGUUAAUGUUUUAGGUAAGUUUAGGUUAUGCAAAAAUGUAAUGCAACAUCAGAGCCAUCUCAUCGCUGCCGUGACACUCAGUACAUGUCUUGUUUGCUUUCGCUUACAGCAAUCUGCACAUAGUAACUGUUCGGUUAUAAAUAGUUAAAGGUAAAGUGUGCAAUUGUUUCUGUUAACAUCCUUUAUCCUAUCCCAGCAAAGUAUUUAGAGACAUCUACAGUAAGUAAGCCAUUCAAAGAUUAAUACCCCUGAAAAGUGUAAACACUGUGGCUCAAGCAUGGUUUGGAAAGAUCAUUAUUUUCACUUUUCCGUUUGGUGCUGUAAGUGGUGACUGAAAUGCACACUUCACCUUCAAUUAUAUGCAAGGUAGACAAGCGCAAUCACAAUUUAAAAUGCAAAUAGAUGUAGGAACAAAGACCAAUUACAUUUAGAACUAAAAUGACAUCACUGUUAAAAUAAAAGUGCAACAAAGUGGUUCCGUAAGUAAAAAUCCCAUUAAUUUUAUCCAUAGGGGAAUAGAUGAUCAAUAAUACAAUUUUGCAUAAUCAUUUUUUAAAAAUUUGUUUAAUUGCAAAAUUCUUGGUGAAGAACUACACUUUACAUAUUUCCAUUGUUUUUAUUUUGAUUACAUAAUUCCCAGUGCUUCCUACGGUUGUUGUUCACUCCCUCAUUAAAGACGUUAAAUGGGUCACGAAAUGAGGAAUUACAUUUGGCUUGAUCUUUUAACAUAUAAGAGGUCAAUGUACUGUAUGAACAGUAUUGUAAGUUUCAGAACUCAAAACUUCCGCCACACUGAAAAAAGAGCAUUUGUUGAAACCAUGCGGCCAAAACGACACGUUCUUUACUUACUCCACAUUGUGAUGUCACACUGUCGUAGAUAUUUGCUUUCACCUCCACAACAACACAUCAACUACUACUUUACAUUAUCACUUCCGUAGACUUACCCAGUAGCAGUGAGCAGUGAGAUGGCAAGAGGAGAGAAAUGUAAAAUGCAUGUACAAUGGCUAGAAAUAGCAUUUUAGCUUAGCGUAAAGAUGACAAUUUACACAAGGUUUAUUUCUAUUUCUUCUGCUCUAAACUUACUUCAAGCUUACUUCUCUGUCUGCUCGUAUGAAUGCAAGACAUCAUAAGAAAGUGUUUCACCGCUGCUCAAAUGCACUUUGAAUCACAUCGUUUAAAUGUAGAAAUGUUUUCCAUCUGAAAGGACUAAAUAUUAAAUGAAAAAAAUAACAAUAAAAUGCAAAGUAAUCUCUUCUGUAAUCAAAAUACUUUUUGAAUGUAACUGUAUUCUAAUUACCAAUUAUUUAAAUUGUAACUGUAGUGGAAUACAGUUACUUAUAUUUUGUAUUUUAAAUACGUAAUCCAGUUACAUGCAUUUUGUUACUCCCCAACCCUGUGUGUGUGUGUGUGUGUGUGUGUGUGUGUGUGUGUGUGUGUGUGUGUGUGUGUGUGUGUGUGUGUGUGUGUGUAUCUAUAUAUACAUCUCAGAGAUGGUUGGUUAGGUUCAUGGCUUACAUCUGUUUUUUAAAGGAUUUUAAGAAAUCCAAGUGGAAAAAAAUCAAUGGAAAAAAUACUUACGGAACCAAGACGUCUGAAAAAGUUGGCCGGCACUGUUGCAGUCUAUUGGCUGAAAAUAUGUUCUUCACUAAGUUUGAAUGAGUACUUUUAGCAAUUUGGCCUGAAUUAAUUGCAGAAUUUUAGUACUUAAGGUUAGAGGUUGAGAACAAACCCUUGCCAGAAAAUUUUAGCAAUAUCAGUGUAGUGCUGCCUUGCAAGCAUUUUUAUUAAACUGUAGUGUGAUUCAGGAAAUAUUAAGUAGAAUUGAAAAGUAGAUCACACUUUUUACCCAAGAUGCAUUUUCAUGUCAAAAUGAGCAACUGUCUAGUACGAAAAGAAAUAGAGUGGGAAGUGUGUGUGAGGUUGGGUGGGGCAAGUUAUAUUUAGUGCUACGAGAAAAUGUGUGAAACAGUUUGUCAUCUGGGUUGCCUAAUCUGAGUGGGCCUCUAAUGAAUUUUGCUCCCUCUCUCUGGAGGUGCUUGAAGAAAAAGCUUUAAUGAUAGUUUACUAAAUCUCUCUUUUUAAAGGCAUAGUUCAUCCAAAAAGGAAAAUUCUAUCAUUAUUUAAUCACCAUUAUGUAAUUCCAAACCUGUAUGCUGUUAUUUACUCUAUGGAACAAAAUGGAAUCAACUGGAAUAAUGGAAAAUUUUGUCCAACACUGCAGCUCUCAAAUCUCAUUUUCCAUUCAGCAUUUUCAGAUUGAUGCAUCAUGUUUGGUUACAUCAUAUUUGAGAAGAAAUACAGGUUUGGAACGACAUGACUGUGAGUCAAUAAUGACAGAACUUUCAUUAUUUGAGAAAACCUUCCUUCAAGAGCUGCUCUUUCAACCAGCCAGUGGAACUGAAAGCUGUUGUUUUCUGGGUGGAUGGAUGGUCUGAGAGAGCAGGACCUCCACUUAACCCCCAGCGGCAGCCGCAUGAGCCCAUCAGCACACAAGAUAAAUGUCCUCUCAACCUCGACUCAUGCCCUCACCUUUUUGCCGUGGUUUUGUGUUAAUAAAAGAUGUAGAAAUCUU